AUGGGUUUCGACAGUUCUAAGCCCGGGUCCGUGCUUCAGGCAGUGGGUGUGUUGGCCUUGAUCGUGGCGGUGCACGAGGCGGGCCACUUCCUGGCGGCCCGGCUGCAGGGCAUUCGGGUCACUCGCUUCGCCGUCGGAUUCGGACCCACUCUGGUCAAGAUCCAGUCCGGCGGUGUGGAGUACUGCCUGAAUGCGGUACCCCUGGGCGAUCCUGCUGCAGCGGCGUCUUCUCCUGAAAUUCGUCCUGACGAUCCAGACCUGCUGAAGAACAGGCCCAUUCCGCAGCGUGCACUCGUGAUCAGCGCAGGAGUGAUUGCCAACAUCCUCUUCGCGUACCUAAUACUGCUGGCGCAGAUAUCCACAGUGGGCAAGGCGGAGACUGCUUUCCUACCGGGAGUUCGGGUGUUGGUACCCGACACGCCAGCCGCCGCUGCCUCUGCCGCCGCGCGCGCGGGUCUCCGUACCGGUGAUGUCAUCCUUCGCAUUGGUGACGUCACCAUUCCCGCGGGAGCCUCCCAGGUGUCUGACUCCGUGGCCGCGAUCCGCGGGUCGCCAGGCAAGGAGCUCGAGUUAGCAGUACUGCGCGGUGGCGGCGCCGUGUUAUCGUUGAGGUGUACGCCGGAUCCCGGCGCGGAUGGUCAGGGGCGCAUCGGCGUACAGCUGACGUCCAACACGUACAUCCUGCACACGUACCCCCGCAGCACGACGGAAGUGCUGGCCAUGACGCAAAGCGAAUUCAACAGGCUGUCCGGCACUGUGUUCAACGGCCUCAAGCAAAUCGUCACCAACUUCGCCGCCAUGAGCGGCCAGCUAUCCGGUCCCGUGGCCAUCGUUGCCGCCGGCUCCGAGGUGGUGCGGAUGGACUCGGCAGGGCUGUUCCAGUUCGCCGCCAUCGUCAACAUCAACCUGGCCGCGGUCAACAUUCUGCCGCUACCCGCUCUGGAUGGAGGCUACUUGCUGCUGCUGGGGCUGGAGGCGGCCCGGGGCGGUCGCAAGCUGCCGGCAGUGGUGGAGCAGGGGGUCAUGGCGUCGGGGUUUUUGUUGCUGACGGCGCUGGGUGUGGGGCUGGUCAUUAGGGAUACCUUGAACCUAUUGUAGGAGGUAUAGACAAGGUUCCGGCGCGAGGCUCCGGCGUGAGGGGCUGUAACUGUAACUGUAGCUUUGCUGUUGUGGGAGUGGGGGCAGGGCGGGCGGUAGUUAAUAGUAUUGGAAGGGGGUUAUGUUGCACUGUGUCAGCUGCUGCUGGGGCCGCGAUGUGAAUUGGGACGCUGUAAGGAAAGGUAGAACGGGGUUACAAACAGCGCACCUGGGAAAGGUGUGCAGAGGACUCGGGAGGGUGUGAGGGCUAGGUCCGGCAGAGGAGUGGCGUUUUUUGUGACGAGCAAUGCGUGUGGCCGUGCGUGUGGAUGUGUGUGAAUAUAUUUUGACACUGAACGAAGUAAGCAGAUGCCUUGUUGAGCGUGUGCGUGUGCGUCCCCGCGAUGUAGGUAGGCCGCGGGCACAUUUCUGGCAGUUGUGUGUCUAUGUACUUGUUUUGAUAUUGAGCGGCGCUCUUUGGGUGCGCCGCGUUCCUUUCCUCUACGUGUUCCCUUCUGAGGAUGUUUCCUGUUCUAGCAACGAAGACUUUGGCAUAUGUUGUGUGUCCGUAAUUUCUGUUUUAUAUUCAUCUGUAUUAGGAGGAAUCGCUCGCCGCCUCACGGUACCCGAGUACCGCGGGGAGGCCGCACGCGAACAAAGGAACAUGAUGUAGAACUUUCGAAAGG